AUGGCCGAAAUAACAACACUCGAUGCCCUGCAGGCAUUUCACCGGGAGCUUAUCGCCCUGCACGGCGGUUAUGGCAACGGUGUGGAGGGUCUGGCCAAUGAGUUCCUCGUUCCCAUCUUCUCGAGGGAGCUGGAAAAACUCUGGGAACGUCCAGCGAAAAAUGAACAAAGCCGCAACAUGGUGAAGUCCGGAAAACUCUCCUUGGACGAUAACGAAUACACCAUCAACGACAUCUUUCAACAAGACAUUCUCCUCCUCUCCGACGAGAUUGACAUCGAUGAGUUGGAUGCAGCACGAUGUCUGCUUGACUCCCAGGGCGACCCGUCUGUACUCGGACGGUCCCUCCUCGAAUGCGGUAUCGUGCGUUUUCAUCAGCAGCGAAAGUAUGUCCUGGAUGCGUUAAGGCUGCUUCUCGAACUGUACUGUGCCGAGGACGAGGCCGAGGAGGAUGCCGACGCCCUCGAAGCAAUCAAGAUGUUUAUCGCAGAGCUCCUCUUUCAGCCAGCACCCGGGGGCGCGAAGAGAUACGUGCCCAGGUGCAUGUCCGCCAUGUCACAGAUCCGGCUUUGGCUGCAGAGGCUAGGCGACAAGAUCGCCGCCGUCCAGGCUCUAGACCAGGGGAGUCCGGUCGAGAUGACGGAGCAGAUGGAAACCGUCGAAUUUUCCCGACUGAGCUUGAUUCAGCAGCACGAGCUGCUCGCCGUUGCAUUGACUCGUUUCAUCGAGAAACAGCAAGCAGAGACGUCGGAUUUUUUGAUCUUUGUUUCGUCCCUGAAGAAAACAGAACGUUACGAUACACUUCUUGGUGAGCUUAGGUCCGACUCUGCUACCAAAAAUCUGCUGACCUUGCUCUCUCCAGUACACCUGAUCCCUGCCAUGGGCGCAUACAUCUCCGCCUUUGGCUCGGCCGAGGGCGGCUAUGAUCUGAUCAAGAUUCGCGAGUUGAACACCACCUUGUUCCCACCUUUGGACGAUUCCACUUGGCGCCUUCCACAACUAGGGGCCGCGUUCCGUGCCUGGUGGCUGGCAGAGUACAGCGGAUUCUAUUUGGACGAACCCCCUGAGGUUGCUGUACCUCCCUCUGCCGAUCUCGACGCUGGUACGCUUGCCGUUUCGCCUCCGACGGACCCAAUGCUAACGAAGAGGACAGAGGAUCGCCAAAGGUCAAAAGACUUCCUCGACGCUCUGAAAGACGGCGCCUUCGACUUCAUACUGUCUGUGGCCGGAGAUGUCAAAUCACCGGACUGGCACGACUCGGUUCGCCUUGGGAUGCGAAACUGGCUGCAGAGGAAAUCAUCGGCUCUGCCUCGCGAGCCGAUUCAGUUCUCAAACUUCUUCCAGGUUUCACUGACGACACAGAUCGAAACUUUUGUCGACGCUUUCAUCUCCAAUCUUCCCGACAUCCUCAGAAAGUUGCGGGUGGAGGAGGAUGAACAACGGCAGCUCAGCCAGGCGCACGAGCAAGAUUUGGAUUUGGAGCGCUUUUUGCUCAUCAUUGCCUAUACGUACGAGGGUCGUCCCGAGGCCGCCACAAGUUUUUGGUCGGAUCCGGACAGUAACCUGGCUGGAUUCAUGCACUGGGCUUCUCGAAGAGCGUCAACGCCACUUGUCACCGCUUUCUGCGAGAUGCUGCAGGCAGUGGCCGACAACGAAGAGUGCGCCACGGCUGCGCAUGUAUUUCUGCUUGACGAGGGCCACCAAUCUUCUGGCAAGAUACGGAGGUCGCAGUCGUUGACCUGGAGCCAGAUAUUCAAGGAACUUGAUUUCUUUUCCGACAAAAUAAGACAGAAGCCCGCCGCCACACAGACUACCAGAUACCGGGGCGCAAAGUCUAGCAGCGACCUGGUGGAAACGGAACCCGAGUCGGCCAUGCUUCUCGAAUGCUACUUGCGCCUCGUGACGAAGCUUGCGAGUGAGAGUGAAGUUGCCAGGGUUUUCCUUCUACAGAAUCCGACGUACAAUCUUGUUGACAUGCUUUACGAGUUGGCCAGCAGCCCCAUCCCGCCGCGGCUGCGGGGAUGCGUUUUCAUAUCUUUGAAGGCCCUCAUAAGCCGAAAGUCGACUCAGGAGAGUCAUACGAUGUGGGGUUGCCUGGAGACUUGGAUCACUGGGGGUUAUGCCCUCCCAGCUACCGGUACUCUGCGGCAAUCGCAGGCAGCCCCCGUCGUGUCGACUGAGCGUAUACUCGAUGAGAUGAGCAGUGGCUUCGAGGAUCCCGUCUCGCUCAUCCAGCUUCUACUGGCCCUCAUCUCACCCGCGCGGGACAGCAGCCCUCUGAACGACUCCCUCCCAUUUCCGGAGAACCUCGGGUCGAGCUCGCGAUACCCUGGCAUGGAGGUGUAUGUCGACUACGUCAUGGGGCUUGUGUUUGCCAAUAAAUCGCAGGAACUCCACGACAAGCACCAGAUUCGAGUACUGCGGCUAAGUUGCCUCGAGUUCAUCCUCACCUGCUUGUCAACCUUUAACGAGGACCUGAUCGUCAUCGCCAACGAGACAAACAUUACGAUCGAUUCCGUCAUCUCCACGUCCGACCUCAAAACGUAUGUGUGCAAGCACCCGUUUGCGAGGGUCAUGGAAUGGAUGUCCAACGACAAGGUCAUGACAGUGUUGUUCAACACCAUCCACCAGGAGCCUGCAGACGUCGGCAAUGCCGCGCCAGACUCGCCGAUUAUCCUUGGCAUCUUGCGCGCCGUCGAGGUCAUUUCCAAGGUCCUUGAUCUCGAGGCGACCUAUCAUGAGUUGGUCAGACCACUCAUCAAGCUGCAGUCCGGGCAGAGACGUCAGCCGGUUGCCAAUGCUGCAUACUCUUCCUUCCAGGACGGACUCGUUACAAGACUAAAUCUUGUCGUGGACCUGGGCAAUUACUGCGGAAUUGGCCACCCCGAUCUGACGUUGGCUUGCCUGAAGCUUCUUGAGAAGAUGUCAACCUCGUCAAAGAUUACGGCGACUUGGUCCGGUUCGGGUCGGUACGCGCACCGCAACAAAGCCAUCGUGGCUCUCGAAGCAAACGGCGAGCAUGAAGCGAUCUCGCGGUCGUUCAUGUCCGAGCUCAUGGCACCGUUGGAGGCGCAGCGCGAGGCGAACUCUCCCAACUACAUUACCAAGAUCUACAUUCUAGAGUUUUUGCUGCAGUGUCUACAGAUGACGCCGCAAGAGCCAACAAUCGCUCACUUGCUCUUAGGUUUCAAGUGCGGUGCAGACUCGCUGUCCGUGGACAGUGACGGAUCCUUUAUGGCUCAAACAUCCCUCUUCCAUUGCCUCGUGAGACUCCUUCUCGAGGUGCCCUCUAGCGACGCACAAGGGAUGAGGCAUUGGCUUCUUGCACUGAAGUCACGGGUCAUGCGGAUUCUGCACACACUCUGGAGCUCGUCGCUGUCGGCCCCGCUCGUCAUCAAUGAGCUUAGGGACAACGAAUUCCUCUUCCACCUCCUAGUCCGCGAGACCGUCAUCCAGCCCGAUCUUCGGUGGGAGGGACAGGCGGUUGCCGUGGCAGACUUUCCCAUGACCGACGGCGCUCCCACCCUUGUCGACUUUCUUGCACUGCGAAGCUUGACGCUCGAGUACAUUGCCAUGGAGCUUUGCAUGAUCUCGCAAGGCCGGAUGCCGAGCGUCAAGAGGCGAAUAUACGACGCCCUGAACGGUCAAGUCGUGGGUGAGGGCAAUCAGCCGAUUCAAACGCCGACGGUGUUUGACCUGUAUGAUUUUCUGCUUCCCGACGGGAUCUGGGACGUACGGCCGCCUCCGGUUCAGUACUACACGGACCUCGACCUCACCGUUUGCUCAGAGCGAGAUGCGGAUUCGAACGAAGUUUACAACAUCGAGCGAGUGAAGGAAAUGUUUCUCCUGAAACGAAGCGAGCAGCAGAGCCAAGGGGCCAUCGUGGCCGUGCAGGAUCUGGCAUUUAUCGAAAGAGAAGAGACGAUGAUUCUCGAAUAUCUCGUAUCUUCCAGCAGGCAAAAGCAGAUUGCCACGCAGUGUCUCGGCGUUCUCAAGUCGUGGACUAGGCUACUUCUCAUCAUGGUUGAGUGCAACGACUUUACGGGAACGUCGCAAACUUCCUUCUUCCUCCAGGCACUUCAGGCCAUCCUCCCAAGCCUGGAGACGUUUGCAUCAGACAGACCUGACGAAGCCUUUGAGUUGUCCAGGCUGGCUCGGGCGCUGCUGUUCAAGCUGGAUCAGGAUCAGGAUCCGGCGGCGGCGGCGGCGGUUUCCGACGACAAGCAGAGCCAGGCGGUUGGCAACUUGAUCAGCGACAAGCUGUACCAGCUCUUCCAGAUGUGCCUCCAGGCAAUCGGCAAGUGGUCGGGCACGCCGAUGCUGAGAUGCGUGUACUACGAAAUCUGCUACCGAUAUCUCACAGGGACGUCGACGCAGGCGCGCUCGAGCCGGUCCAAGACGACAAAGACGAUUCAAGUCUACGGUGAAAGGCUCAUCAAUGUCAUCUGCGACGACGCAUACAGCGGCGAAGCGACCUGCCAGGCCGCGGCAUUCAUUCUCCUCAACGCCUUCGUCCAUGUUGGCCAGCUCGAGGGCGACAGCCACGUGAUCGAGACGCUCAACAAGCUCAACUUUGUCGGCAUCCUCGUGGAUUCGCUCCGCGCCGUCAUGCAGGAGUGGCACGACGCCUUUACAUCAGGCCACGCGGAUCAGCAAAACUUGCAGAACGCCCGUCUCGCCCUCCUCCUCCAGAUGGCUCAGUCUCGCGCCGGCGCCAAGUUUAUUCUCUACGCCAACUUCUUCCGGGCCAUCGAGACGUCGGGCCUUUUCACCGCCGACCCGGAGCUGCAGAGCAAGGCCGAGAACCCGAAGGCGCUGGAGCAGCAUUAUGACCUGCUCGCCAAGGUCACCCGGAUCGUCGGCGCCGCUCUUCUGAGCCGCGGAAGCCACAACACGGUGCAGGGCCGAAAGUUCCUGACGGAUCACCGCAUGCUGGUGACGCACACGCUGAAGCGCAGCGCAGGUAUCGGAGGCGGGGCCGCACAUGAGGCGCUGGAGGAGAAGAUUGGUGAACUUGCGGACGCGUUCAUCGUCGUCAUUGCUGCGACAGGAUUCCUAGAGUUUGAGGCUGAAGCGACAGUCGAACCGGCCAAGCGCGACUACGUGUUGUUUCACUAG